AUGGAUCAAGCGGAUAUCUGUGUGAUGUCUUCAUUUGUACACUGUAUGGUAUGUUUUGUUUUUCCUACGCAAGACCUGAAAUUUUUCUUAUCGGGAUGUGGUCAUGUUGCAUGCUACAAGUGUGUGGAAAAAGGUUCCAUGACGAUCAAGUGCAAGGUGUGCAUGAAGGACAAUCCUCAAAUACUAGAGAUCAAUCGAAAUCUAAAGCCCGAGCUUGUUGAAUUGUUCACGCCGCUUUCGGAUGGAUUCUCCAAAGUUGCACGUGAUCUCACGCGCAUCAUCGACUUUCAAUAUGGCCAUAGGCAAAGACUAAUGAGGCACAUUUCCCAGAAAAAUGAUAACUUUGAAAAAUUGCAAAACUUUUGUAAAGAAGAAAUUAGGAAGAAGAACCAGUACAAACAAGAGCUUUAUCGCAUCAGAACUGAUUACAAAAGAAAAUGUGAGGAGGCAGAGCAGCUGAAGGCCAGACUUAGCAAAAUGCAGAAUUGCACCUUGAACUUGAAUGAUAUGACGCAUGAUCCAUUCCGCACUCCCAUAUCGGGGAAGCCUCCUGAUCAACGCAGCUUUUUGACAUCUACUCCUUACGGGCGUAGCACAGAUGUGAGCGAAUCUACCAUAUCUGGCACGCGACAGACAGACUCCACAUCUUCAUUUGCUGCAUUUGGCAUACCUGUUGUUUCUAUGGACUCCGACGGAGAGAUAACGAAAUUAGCUCAUUUGACUUCAGCUCUUUGCAGAAAAGAUGAGACUUUGAAGAAUGAUAGCUGCACAGGAACAAAGCGGAUUGACAUAGCAGCGUCUAGUGAUGAAAGCAAGGGUCAAUCAUUUGUUCGCCCACAAAGCAAGAAUACAGUUUUUCGGGACAGUGAUAAGAAGCCCCCGGACGGCAGUACCAAAGUCAAGACGAUGAAUCCUCCUUGUCAAACCUCUAAAGCAGCUCCUGUCACCAAAAAAUCUCGGCUGGAUAUCUUGUCGAAGACGCAACCGCUUCCUUUGAAGUCUCUUUGAAGUGCCUUGCUCUUGAGGAGGCUCAUAUGACCGAAUCCAUAAUCUGGAAGAGUUCCUUUUAAAUGUUUACGAAUCAAUAUGCUUGUCCCAAGACUUUUUUUGUUUUGUUUCCUGUUUGUUUCUUAUAGGCACC